AAUCCAGUUUGAUCAGCAAAAUUUUAUUGUCAAAUUCAGCAUUUUGUCAUAUUAAGGUUUUCAUCAGCUAUUUGACUUAUACCCAUGUUAGAUGGAGGGGCGGUGGAUGAUGGGAUCCUGCCAAAGAAAAAGGGAAAGAGAAAAGCUGAUACGUAAGGAGAAGACAGGUUGGUUGAGGAUGACUAAAGCAAAGCUGAAUGUAUUAUUUCAUCUGUAUUUUUAUAUGUACAGGUCCCAGCUGCUGUCUUUUUGAAUGGCUUCUCAGACCAAAAGCCAAAGCAGAGAUUCAUGUGGCAAUAUAGAAAGCAAAAGUAUGGAUUUUCCUUUUCAUAACUAAUUUUGAAAUGGGCUUUACUGGUCAUUUGUUGUCUAAAAUGGGGGAAGUUGCAGUCCUGUAUAGAAUACUUAUAGAGCUUAAAUCAAUGGCAUCUGACAGGACAAGAGUGUAUAUUUUGUAUGUUCUUAGAGUACAGUGUCAGUGAUGCAAUCUGUUCUUGCCCUUGCCUUGUAUUGCUAAUAAUAGCUGCUGAUUGAAAGGCAGUGUUCUGUUUGCAAGAGCAAACAAGAAAAUACCUACCCAUGACCUGAAUCUGUUGUGAUCAUAGAGUCGUUUUGUCCUCUGCUUAUAUUGCGUAUUGAUUUGGAUUGCCCAUUUUUGAAGAUAUGGACAAGAAGACCUUUUGGAUUGUUAGCAACAGUGUAGGAUCCAUGGUAGGGUUUUGUUUUAGGUUUGCCUGGGAAAACCCUAUAAUCUCCUUUCAGCUGUUCUGUCUUGGCUUGCUUAUGAUUUUGUACCCACAGUUUUGCUUCAGGGUAUUCCUCUCACCAGUAGUUGUUUAUACUGGCUUCUUCCUUACUGCACUCCUCAGCAUCGGACAUAGGCAACAGCAGGAGAAGGUUGCAGCUCUUGAGAAGAACAAGGGAGUGGUCAAGGAAGGAAUGCCCCUCAAUGAGGUUUGCCAGUUGAGGAGUCUUUCAGAGGAAACCAUAACUGGGUUUUCAAGCGGGAAAUAUGAUGAAUAUGCAGAAGAGAGUAUUGUAUCAGAAAAAAUUCAGGAAGAGGAGUUUAAUGGUGGAUUUGUAGAUGGUAUGGAAAUAAAUAGCAGAGAAAUGGAGACUGAGGUCUACGAGAAUAGGUCAUUGGACCUGUCAAAUGAAGAAAUUAGGGCUCCUGAUUUCCAAAAGGACCAAAAUCGCGCUAAAUCUGUACAUUUCAGUGAUAAUCUUAUUGAGGGGGUUUAUAGAACCCAAUUGGAUGUGAUCAUGGAGGAGAAUGAAGAAGAAGAGCGGAAUCACAUUGAAAUUUCAACCCCGAGAAAGAUAGACAGUGAUUCGGACGAUGAGGCUCCAAUGAAUGUUUCCCCUCAGUCCGAGGACAAAGAGGAUCAGCAACAGAGGAAAGUUCGCCUUGAAGAUUUUUUCUCGCUUACAUUGAACUGUGAGUCUACAUGGAGAAGCUUUGGCCAUCAUGGUGCCAGUGCUAGCAACAACUCUUGUACUUCUGAUGAUGAUGAUGAUGAUGAUACAGAUAGUUCCGGGUCCUCUGAGGGUUCACUGGGACAUCUGGGUCCUCUAUUACAUAUAGUUGAUGAUCCCAAACAUUCCCAUUCAGUACAAAGUAAUUUUUUUGUGGAGGAUUCACUUCAUUCCAAUGGUGGGGGUGAAGAAUCGCCUGUUGAUUUUCAUUUUAGUUGGACUGAGGAAGAUGAAAGAGAGGAAAAAGAAAGCCUGUUUGAGAUUGUGCAUGCAGGGGAUGCUCAGUCCAUGUCGGAAGAAGACAACUUGAUUGAGAUUGCUCUUUCUGAUCAGGAAAAUUCAGAGCUGCCAGAAGUUCAGGCGACAAUGGAUCAACGAAAUACCGAAGAACAACCUCUCAAAGCCCAAGAGCAUCGGGAGAAGGAUAAGUUUGAAGGUCCAGAGGAGGAAAACCUGAUUGAGAUUGAUCUGUCGAAACACAGUAUUGGAUUACCAGAAGAAAUUGAAGAGAAAAACCUAAUUCAAGGAGAGCUAUCUGAUCAUUCUGGGGAUGAUCCACCAGUCCAUAGUGACCCUACUCCAGAAACAGAAUCAAAAUUAGAGGAGGAGAUCAAGGCUCCUGAACAAAAUGAAUCAUCACCAACAGAAAAUCCUGGUAAGAAUCAAGAGGAAGGUCAUCCACAAAGAGCUGAAAUAGGAGAAAUCAUAGAGUCUUCUGCAGAAUCAUUAAAGCUAGAAUCUAGGAAUAAUAGCCUCGUAUAUCUUUAACUUCCAUAAAAUGAAUGAAGUGAUUUGAUUAUUGCAGUGAGCAAUUAUAUUGUAGUAUAAAUGAGAUCCCCUGCUUGGUUUGUAUUCUUUGUUCUCAAUCAACAUAACCAGAGCAGGGGAAAAAUUGAAGUCCACCAAUUUGGAUUGUGGACUUGGAUACUGCCUCCAUUGGGCCAAAUUUUAUUGAGUCCAACCUUGUUGGCACAUUAAUUAUAUCAAACAUUUUGGAUCAUGUGAGGGUAUUGGAAAAUAAUUCAUAGCUGUGUAUGGAGGGAGCUGCUGUUCCCUACUCUUGUCAAUCUGUAAAAUUCUAUAGCUCUUCAAGUUCUUUGUAUUUGGAUUUGGACAUGAAUAUAUUAUUCGAUAAACCCACAUUUUGUUGUGGUGGAUGUCUUUCAGGCUAUUGUAAUCAAGCAAAAAUGCAAUGAGUCAAUUUCUUUCUGUGA